AUGUUGGGGAUUGUGAUAGAUGGGCUCUGUAAGGCAGGAAACACUCAAACAGCCAUUGAAUUCCUCAGAGCAAUGGAAAAACGAGGAAGCCCUUGUAAACCUACUGCAAUUAUUUACAGCACCAUCAUUGAUAGCUUGUGCAAGGAUAAAAUGGUUGAUGAAGGUCUUGCCCUCUUACAGGAGAUGAUUGAAAAGAACAUUCUCCCGAAUGUUGUCCCUUACAGUUGUUUGAUUCAAGGUCUGUGCAACUUAAGCAGAUGGAAGGACGUUGACAAUCUCUAUGCUGAGAUGAAGGUUUAUAAGAUUGUUCCAAAUGUUUUUACUUUCAAUAUAGUGGUGGAUGCACUAUGUAAGGAAGGGCAUAUAGAAGAUGCUGAAGAAGUGGCCCAGAUCAUGAUCCAGCUAGGUCAAAAUCCCAACCUGGUCAUGUACAAUUCCCUAAUGGAUGGGUAUUGUUUACAGAGGUGA